UGUCGGACGGAGAUGUAGUCGGGCGCGCAGUGUUAGUAAGGAACAUGUGGUUUUAGAUACGGAUAAUUGUGAGUAAGAGCCGUCGGUCGCUCUGUCACAGCGAUGCAGCUCUGAUCGGUGGUCAGCGAGAGAGAUGGACGUGGAGGUGACCGUGACCUCGGAAGAGGGGUGUGCUGCGGGUGAGCCCGAGUCUGAGGAGAGCCCCAGGGGAGCGGAGAGACAGCGAGACCUGCCCGCUAACUGGAUACUGCAGCACCCCAAGUACCAGGAGCUGAUGAGCCUCGAGCUGGGGGACUCAGCCCAGGUGUAUGCUGCCUUCCUGGCCUACGUGGACCUCACUGAAGUGCGGCAGUGGCAGGAUGUGUCCUGCAGGGGGAGCUCCGAGCUUCAGCUGGUGCUCCUGGAGGGGCGGGAGAGAGAAGGCCAGCCCACGCAGCUUGUCGUACCGGUUCCGGCCCAGAGGUCCAUCAGUCACAGCUGGAUCCAGACGCUGCUGGGCUCCCCGGGCCCUGGGGGGGCCUCCCCAGCCUCCAUGCUGCUCUGCGCUGUGGCCCCUGACUCCAGCCUGGUCUACCACCGGCUGACCGCUGGCCUGCUGACCCCCAGCCCCCCUGAGGACAUCGCGGACCAGGAUCACCGGCAGCACCGCAAGAGGCGCCUGCGCUGAGGUCGCGGGGUAAAUGGCGUGGCACACAGGGCUCAUGGCCAAUGCUACAAGCCACCUGAGGGCAUUUCCAGGUCACCACUGCACAUAGGAGGUCCUGAUACUCCAGUGGCCGGGUACCAUUGAGGGGAGCGGACCCCGAUUCUCAGGAAGCAAUACCAAGGGGACAAAGCUUCUGGACACUGCAGACCAAUCAGUUGUGUGGAGCCUGCUCUCUGCAGUGAAGAAGCCAGAGCUGUGAGAAUCCGGACAGAGACUGAUCACUGAUCUGGAGGGAGGAAAACAGUGGAGAAGCAAGUCCCUGACACUUGCUGGGCAACUGGGCACCAACACACUGGCACCCUGUUUAACCUACACCAUGUCCCCUUGACAUUCAGAUCCCCACUGUUCUGUACUGCUUCUACACUGGAUCUGCUCAGAAGCGCUGUACAAAUCAAGGAACUCACGAAUCAUAAAUAUUUUUUUAAAAGGCAGUGCCAUUUUCUCUUUUUGUGAGCACCCCACCACAGACAGAUGAUGUAGUUUUAGAGUAACAGCCAGGAAAGUUUGUUUCUUUAUGGGCUGGGGCUUGGCAGCUGCCCGUCUGCAUUCCGCUCACCUCUGGAGUAUGAGCUCACUAGCGCACGUUUUCCACAGGCCCAGGCCUCAGACUAGCCAGUGCGCCGUUCCCCUACUACCCACCAGGGGGCGGGAGAGCGCUUCUUUUGGUUCACAGUUGCUGGCGUUCAGGGCCGCAGGGCCCUGAGGUUUGAGCUCCAGCCCAAGCCCUAAAUUAACAUUGUUGAUUUGCUUAACUAGGCCUAUUUAGCAUGAUUUUGGCAAGGUUUCGUUUUGGGCUGAUGCUUUAAAUGAGGCGUUUCGUUUACAAUAUAGUAGCUGGAAACCCUUGAGGCUUGAGGGGAAAAAAAGUGCUACAUGUUCCCAGUUAGUCAAAGACGUUGUUCCGUGAAGUAAUGGAGCGUUUGGCUGGAGAGCAGUGGCCGACUGAAGGAUGGUAAAGUCCCAGUAAACUCCUGUGGUCCUGCCCCGGGGUGUUGAUAUUGAGUAUGAGGAAUGUUUGAGCUGUUUUCUUCAGUUACUUUUCAGUAGGAGCAUGCAAACUUUUAUGCUGCGAGUCAGUCGGGUCAAGGAGCAGCACCUGAGAUCAAGCUGAAAAGGUGCCGGCACCUUUCCUUCAAGCUUUAAAAGACAGUGCAGUACAGGGAUUGGGACAGCAAGAGUCUACUGUUGUAGACAUACUUAUUAGCCUCUGGAUCUGAUCUGAAACUGUUAUUUACACAUUCAUUAAGUAAAAAUACUGUGUCAAAUUAUAGAGUUGAGAAGGAUACAGUUGCUUAUAGAGGAUGUAAAGUUUGCAGACAUUAUUAUUUGCACUCUGGAUCUUAAAGGAGUUAAUUUAGCAGAACAUCCAAGCCCGUAACUUUCAAGGAUGAACGGCUGAGAAUGAUCAGGAUUAUUUUAAGGGGUGAGGCUGCCAAUAAUUUAAAUAACCAGCACAUUAACAAUGAUUAAUGACUAAGAUUGUUGGGCGAUAGAGAUGGCGUGUUCUGGCCUGAGCUCAGCGCUAAUGUAACAGAUUUGGGGUGUGGAAAGAUAACAGUGGAGGUUUUUGCUCAUUUCUAUCAGCACUUCGACACAUUGGAGAGGAGACAUACAAGAGCAAAUCGUACACCAUUCUUUCCGUUUUAAGGGCAAUUUAACAUCCCAGUGCUGUCUCUUAAGCGCCCUAGUGUUUGAGGUGCUGCACGCCUCCCCACGCAAAUUUCACCCCAGUGUCCAAGCCUCCUGGGGGCCUGAUGUCAGCAGACCCCCGAGGAGCAGUGUUGGGAAGCCAGACUCCAUAAUCUGGACCAGUGGCCCCUGGCCAGUGAGAAGGAGGGGAGGGGGCUGCUUGAGAUCAGCUUUCG